AUGUUCAACACUUCAAGUAAGACAAUUUCGGCUGUCACGGCUGUUACUGUCGUGCUUGCUAUCUCUCUCGCCACCACGACUUUCUGGAUCCUGCUCUCAGAACAGGCCGCUACGGCAGGACUGCUCACUCUGAACCAAGCUAAAAUAGCCCAGUUCAACCUCACCGAAACGCCUCCGCCAGGCCUUUUACAGCGCGACCCACAAGACAUACAGCGUGGGGCUAGCGGGAUCCUAAACAUUGCAGCCAAAAAGACUUCCGAUGUCACUGGUGACACACAGAGCGCAGUGAGCUCAGCAGUAACCUCUCUGCCCCAGAUCGAAGAUUAUGUGCCGUUCAACUGCUCUUUCGGUAUGAUCGUGUUCUGCGUUGGGUUCAAGCACAGUCGGUCCUGCAGUAGCUCGCAACUUACUAUCUCGGCAUUUGUACUGGACAAGAUCCAGGACUUACCAAAUCCGCUUAGAGAUUCCAUCCAAGCGCGUGUGAAGGAUCUGUCUUCAUUGCCAGGCAGCCUGGACAGCCUACCUACAGCGGUGCUUGACUGCUUGAUUGCAGGUUCUCUCUCAUUUAUCACUCUGCUACUGCUGUCUUACUGUGUUGCAUAUGGGUAUCCCAAUCGUUUUGCGAGUAUCGUUCGAAAUAUUGACGCUAGGACGCAGACAAUGGUUCAUUUGGGCGUAGGUUUUAUCUGCUGCGCGCCCUAUGUCGUGCUUGUUGCUAUGCAACACAGCGUCACUAGGGCUGUCGAAAAGCUGCCAGCCUGGGUAGAAAUAGAGGCGGGCAAGAUAUUUGGCAUCAGUAUUGCAGCGAUGGUCUUUGCCAUCAUAUUCGCUGCGUUUUUAGCGAUUUUCUCAUGCUACAUCCGUGCCCAAAGCAUAAGAGAAAUGUCUAGGAUAGGGCCGUCAGCACAUUCUCUUGCUGAUGUCACUGGAUCACCUAUUAGCACAAGAUACAAUGCGUAG